AUGACAAACUUCUCCAUGGUGACUGAAUUUCUCCUCCGGGGGUUCUCCGAUGUCUGGGAGCUGCAGCUGGUCCAUGCCGUGCUGUUCCUCUUGGUCUACUUGGUAACCCUGACAGGGAAUCUCCUCAUCAUCACCGUCACCACCCUUGACCGGCACCUCCACACCCCCAUGUACUUCUUUCUUAAGAACCUGUCCAUCCUCGACCUCUGCCUCAUCUCCACCACCGUCCCCAAGUCCGUCCACAGCUCCCUGACCGACAACAUCUCCAUCUCCUUCCUUGGCUGUGCCGCACAGCUCUUGCUGUGGGUCCUUUUUGCCAGUUCAGAGAUUUUUGUCCUCACGGCGAUGUCCUAUGACCGCUAUGCUGCUAUCUGCUAUCCCCUGCGCUAUGAGGUCAUGAUGAGCAGAGGGGUCUGUGUGAAAAUGGUGGCAGCUUCCUGGCUCAUAGGGAGCGUGUUUGGCUUCAUGCUUUCGGCUUCCACGUUCUCCCUGCCUUUCUAUGGGUCCAAUGCUGUCCCACAGUUCUUCUGCGACGUCCCCUCCCUGCUGCAGAUUUCCUGCUCUGAGGACCACAGUGCCAUCGAUGUGAGUGUGACUGCCGGGGUAGCGUUAGCUGUCAUCUGCUUCAUUUAUAUUACCCUCUCCUAUGUGCGCAUCUUCUCCGCCGUGCUGAGGAUGCCGUCCACGGAGGGCCGGGCCAAAGCCUUCUCCACCUGUCUGCCGCACCUCAUGGUGGUGACCUUGUUCAUAGGGAAUGGUGCCUUUGCCUAUCUCAAACCACCCUCAGACUCCCCCUCAGUGCUGGACCUGCUCUUGUCCAUGUUGUACACCAUGGUGCCCCCAGCCCUGAACCCUCUCAUCUACAGCCUGAGGAACAGGGACAUGAAGGCUGCCCUGAGAAGGACCCUAAAGGGAAGACUCCUUUGCUCUCCCUUCUGGGUGUAUUUUUACUUUGUGUCCUAUGUCACCAUGGAGCAAAUUGAAAAGGAGCCCUCCCCACCCCCGCCCCCCUUAGGGCACCAUGCGAUGUUGUACGACUGCUAUGCUGCAAUCUGCCUCCCCCUGCGCUAUGAGCUCGUCAUGGAUAGAUGGGCCUGUGUGCAGAUGGUGGCUGCCUCUUGGCUCAGCGGAAUUUUCCUCUUCACAGGGGUAUUUGCCUAUAUCAAGCCUCCCUCAGACUCUUCCUCGGCCCUUGACCUGCUAGUAUCUGUGUUCUAUGCCAUGGUGCCUCCUACCCUGAACCCUCUUAUCUACAGCCUAAGAAACAGGGACAUGAAGGCCGCCCUGGGGAGGACCCUAAAAGGGGGAAAUUCCCGGUGGCUCCUGACUUAUCCACAUACAAAGGUGUCCUACAAGUCCAAAGAGAUAGUCCUGAGAAAACUGUUGCAGUAUUGGGUUGCAGAUGCCUUUGUUUCUAUGGGAACGCCGCGGUUCAGCGCCACUGCUAUAGAUUCAGAGAUCCCUUGUGAAGGUGACAGUACUCCUCGACUGGUGGUAGCCCAUAGUCCGGUGAAUGUGAAAGCAUCCCUCCACUAUUGGGGUCCGACUGGCUGUGGUGAGAGUGACAGAACCCAAAAGCUACUGGUGGCCCACAAACUGGAGAGGAUGACUGAACACCUGUACUGGUAG